AUGCGCCGCGCUGAGAUGGCUCGACGUCGGAAGAACUUGAGCGAGAAGCGCAAUGAAGAGGAAAAGAUGGACACAAUCAACAGGCUCCUCCGGAAACAGGCACCCAAGCGGCGUGGCCGAAUUCCUGCGGCUGAAGCUGCUGAAAAUGCUGCUGCAGACCAGGAGGCGGCGGCACCAGAGAUCGAGCCGGUGGACCCGACAAUGGUGAGAUGGGUGAGUGGCCGUGAUGGUAGUCGAGUCGGUGUGCCAGAGGAAUGGUUUGGCACUCCUGCGGGACAGAUCUUCUGGGGGACUUCUGGGAAACUUGUCGAGGAGCUUUAG